AGCCAGCGGGCUCCGCCGGCCCACCGCCCCGAGAGGCGCUGCCCGAGACGGGGGCGGCCGCUCCCUGGAUGUUCCCCUUUUAAAUGUGGGCGAUCGGGGCUGUAGGGGCAGCACGAGGCGCCGAAACGGAACAGUCGGAUUGGCCGCGCGCCUCGGCUCUGGAAGCACCUCUCCUCCGAAAGGCCCUUCUGACUGGCAGGGGGAGAAAGUAAACAGACUUGGAUCAGCCUCCCCGCUGGCCAAUGGGAGGGGGUUUGGACUGUGACGUGAUGGGAUUCUGCGAAAUUGUUACCGAGCGAGAGAAUGCCGGAACGGUGCGGCCCGGCAGGAGCCGGGGCUCGGACGGCGUCCCUGGCCUGGGGGGAUCGCGCGCCUUAGGGUCUGCGCCCGGGGCGGCCCACGCCACCCGCGCCCGCGCGCUCCGGUGACGGCGCCGCGGCUGGGGCUGCACGGAGGGGGCGGCCGAGGGCGUGCGCCCCCGCUGCAGCCUGCGCUCCCGGCGCGCCUCGGGGGGCGCUUGCAGGCGAACCCACUUGCCGCCCGCCACGUGUGGCAGCUCUCCAAGGGAGCCGGCGCGGAGGGGCGGGCGCGCCCGUCGGGGGGUGAUCGCGCCCCGCGCCGGAGCCCGGGGCCGUGUGGAUGCUGCGUGCGGAGGCGCUGCCGGUUACGUAAAGAUGAGGGGCUGAGGUCGGCUCGGCGCUCGUGCGAGUCGGCAGCGCCCCGCGCCCCCGCCCCCUUGGCCGCCGCGCCGCGCUCGUCGUCCGAGGCCAGGGGCAGGGCGAGCCCAGCUCCGCAGCCGCCAGCGCCAAGUUUGGCCGCGCCGCCGCCGCCGCCCGCACCAUGUCAGCGGCCGGCUACAUGGACUUCGUGGCUGCCCAGUGUCUGGUGUCCAUCUCGAACCGCGCCGCCGUGCCGGAGCACGGGGGAGGCGCCCCGGACAGCGAGAGGCUGCGGCGACCCGAGCGCGAGAUGGUGACCAAGGAACACGGCGAGCCGGGGGACACCUGGAAGGACUACUGCACGCUCGUCACCAUCGCCAAGAGCUUGCUGGACCUGAACAAGUACCGACCCAUCCAGACCCCCUCGGUGUGCAGCGACAGCCUGGAGAGCCCCGACGAGGACGUGGGAUCCGACAGCGACGUGACCACCGAAUCUGGGUCGAGUCCUUCCCACAGCCCCGAGGAGAGACAGGAGCCUGGCGGCGCGCCCAGCCCGCUCUCCCUCCUCCACCCCGGAGUGGCGGCGAAGGGAAAACACGCCUGCGAGAAGAGACACAAGUGUCCCUACAGCGGCUGCGGGAAAGUCUACGGGAAGUCCUCCCAUCUCAAAGCCCAUUACCGAGUGCACACAGGCGAGCGGCCCUUCCCCUGCACGUGGCCAGACUGCCUUAAAAAGUUCUCCCGCUCCGACGAGCUGACCCGCCACUACCGGACCCACACCGGCGAGAAGCAGUUCCGCUGCCCGCUGUGCGAGAAGCGCUUCAUGCGCAGCGACCACCUCACCAAGCACGCCCGGCGCCACACCGAGUUCCACCCCAGCAUGAUCAAGCGGUCGAAAAAGGCGCUGGCCAACCCGUUGUGAGGCGCCCCCCACCCGGCGUCCGACCCCCUUCCCGACCCGCGCGGCCGCCAGGGGGGUGGACAGCCCCAGCCUCCCCGGGAACGCACGGCCCCGUGGAGACCCAGCCUCACGCGAGAG